GCACCAGGCAUUGCCAGCUCAAGGUCCAAUUUCUCCUUCCGUCCCUAGUCUGCUAGUUGUCAGACCCCGGAAGAGCUCACAGAAUGCUGAUCUACGUAUUUAAAAUGGUUGCAGGAAUGGCUAUUUCUCUCAGAAAGGCGUCUGUAAAUUUUCUGCCUUAGGUGAUGUUUGUGUUGUAAACAUAGAGAGUGAUGCUGGAGCUCAUAAAUGAGCUCGCAAGCUUCGGACUCCGCUUUGGAGCCAUUGGAUUGUAGGGGCCGGACAGUUCUGGAUGUAGCAGUUUUGCUGCCUCUGGCUAGCGUGAGAAAUACCAACGGCAGGACCAUCUCAGAUCUUUGUUAUGGCAACUCAGGCAAGAAGCUGUUGAAUUAGAACCAUUUCCUAUAGAUGAGAAACCAUACAAGCAGUGGUAUUCAAGUGAAUUGCCUUUUCUAUGUAUCCUGGUAGCAAAAUGCAAGACUUUCUCUGGAGAUAUGUGUUAGUAGUGUGGUAUUUAUGAGCCUCCAUUUCUUGUACUACUGCAGUGAACCAACCUUGGAUGUGAAAAUUGCCUUUUGUCAGGGAUUCGAUAAACAAGUGGAUGUGUCAUAUAUUGCCAAACAUUACAACAUGAGCAAAAGCAAAGUUGACAACCAGUUCUACAGUGUGGAAGUGGGAGACUCAACCUUCACAGUUCUCAAGCGCUACCAGAACCUAAAGCCUAUUGGCUCCGGGGCUCAGGGAAUAGUUUGUGCUGCAUAUGACGCUGUCCUUGACAGAAAUGUGGCCAUUAAGAAGCUCAGCAGACCCUUUCAGAACCAAACACAUGCCAAGAGAGCUUACCGGGAGCUGGUCCUCAUGAAGUGUGUGAACCAUAAAAACAUUAUUAGUUUAUUAAAUGUCUUCACACCCCAGAAAACGCUGGAGGAGUUCCAAGAUGUUUACUUAGUAAUGGAACUGAUGGAUGCCAACUUGUGUCAGGUGAUUCAGAUGGAGUUAGACCAUGAGCGAAUGUCUUACCUGCUGUACCAAAUGUUGUGUGGCAUCAAGCACCUUCACUCUGCUGGAAUUAUUCACAGGGACUUAAAACCAAGUAACAUUGUAGUCAAGUCUGAUUGUACAUUGAAAAUCCUAGACUUUGGACUGGCCAGGACAGCAGGCACGAGCUUCAUGAUGACUCCGUAUGUGGUGACACGUUAUUACAGGGCCCCUGAGGUCAUUCUGGGCAUGGGCUACAAGGAGAACGCUAGUACUCAUGAGCACUUUAAAAGAAAAGCCAGCCAAGCCAGGGACUUGUUGUCAAAGAUGCUAGUGAUUGACCCAGCGAAGAGGAUAUCAGUGGACGACGCCUUGCAGCAUCCGUACAUCAAUGUCUGGUAUGACCCUGCCGAAGUGGAGGCGCCCCCACCUCAGAUAUAUGACAAACAAUUGGAUGAAAGAGAACACACCAUUGAAGAGUGGAAAGAACUUAUCUACAAGGAAGUAAUGACUUCCGAAGAGAAGACUAAGAACGGUGUUGUGAAAGGACAGCCUUCUCCUUCAGGUGCAGCAGUGAACAGCAGUGAGAGUCUCCCUCCAUCCUCGUCUGUCAAUGACAUCUCCUCCAUGUCCACCGACCAGACCCUGGCAUCUGACACUGACAGCAGCCUGGAAGCUUCGGCAGGACCCCUGGGUUGUUGCAGGUGACUAGCCGCCUGCCUGCGAAACCCGGCGUUCUUCAGGAGAUGAUGUGAUGGAACACACACACGCAGACACUCACGCACACACACAAAUGCAGACACUCACUGACAAGAAAACAGCAAGGGAGAGAAUCCAAGCCUAAAAUUGAAACAAAUCUUUCAGCCUGCUUCUUCUCCAGAGUUCUGUAAUGCAGCUAAGCCAAAUGUCUAUUUAACUUCUAGUUGCUCUUGCUUUGGUCUUCUUCCAAUGAUGCUUACUACAGAAAGCAAAUCAAACACAAUUAGAGAAGUCUUUUCCAUAAAGUGUAAUUUUAAUGGCUGCAAAACCAGCGAUCUGUAAUUGCCCUUUCAAAUGGCAUGACAAGGUGUGCAGUGGCCCCGUCCAGCAUGUGUGUGUCUCUAUCUUGCAUCUACCUGCUCCUUUUGGCCUAGUCAGAUGGAUGUAGAUACAGACCCGCAUGUGUCUGUAUUCACACAGCACUACUUACUUAGAGAUGCUACUGUCAGUGUCCUCAGGGCUCUACCGAGACAUCACGCACUGGGGUACCACAUGGUCCAUUUCAUGUGAUCUAUUACUCUGACUUAAACCCAUCUGUAAUAUAUUGCCAGUAUAUAAGCUAUUUAGUUUGUUAAUUGAUUAAGCUGUAUGUCUUAUAAGAAAACAUGUAAGGGGGGAGUACGGGGGAAGUGAGCUCUCUUGGACCCUUGGAGAUGUAGCUUCCAAACUUGAACUGAUUAAAUGGCACCUGUAUACCGAUUUGUAGAAGGAACAUAUGUGAUGCUUAUGAACAGUGCGGGGUGGGAGGGGAUACCAGUUUCCAGGUACUACAUGGUUUGACCUUUAGAAGGUAGGAAUGCAAGCUGAGGGUCUUUUCUCUGGUAGCGAGUGGGUAGGAGAGACUAGAGACUAGGGUUGUGCUGUGAAGGAAGACUUAAAGAUAAUUACCCAGACACUAGGAGACACUGGCAUGCAUAUUUUAGAAAGGAGACCCCACUUGUCAUUUACACAUUUUAUGUCACAACUGGACAGAGUGGCAGGUGGUGAGGCAGGGUUACGUGUUCACAUCUGAUGGUGAGGACCCCUCCCUGAAACGGAGGGAACAGUCUCCACAUGAUAUUCUUAACCGAAGGCGAGCAUACCCAGGCGAUUUUCAGACUGUGGGCUGUGUUUUCAUGAGUGUGCUACUUUCUAGGUUUAGAACUUGCCAAGGUUUUAUUUUGAGACGAAGCAUUACUUCCCUCUUCUGGAAUUAAAAA